GUUUCGUCCGUUCGCCGGACACCUGGGAGCGCGCCCAGGCCUCCGAACGAUCUGUUCAGAUGUACUGCGACAUCCACCGGCUACUGUUGCAGAUGGCACAGGACUAUCCCUCCAUCCAGACAAUCGCCCGUGAUCAGGUCGAGGGCUUCAUCUCGAGACCAGAGAUGCGCACGAGAAAAGGAACUUCGGACCUCGGCUUGCUGAUCGUUUACUUGAGUUUGGUGGACGACGUUCAGUGGUCAGACAUGUGGCAUGUUUUCGUUCCGGAAAUGGUUCGACGAGCCUUUGCCAGGAUGCCCGAAGCAUUCCAGCCCGACGAGUGCGACUCCCUGCAGGAGCUCGUCGAACGCUUUGACACCCUUGAGCCUGAGCACGGACGCGUUAUUGCUUUCUUCCUUGUCUUCACCUCCAUCGUGUCCAAGCCGCAAGAUGGCCCAGCAUCCGGCAAGCAAGCUUUCGCGGAUGUCUGCAGCAUGUACGACCGCCGUUGGGGCCAGCUUCCAGCAGAUCGUCGAAGCGAGGUGCUGGCGGACGUUACCAGGAUUUGCAGAUGCAAGUCCGUGAAGGAGGUCUUGGCCGAGUUGAUGCCUACGGCACCCAGCGAGGAAGACCUUGCCGAGCUCCUGCUGUGGGCCAACAAGAACAGCCACAACGUGAAG